UGGAAUAAAUGGACGUCCAUGAACGUUAUACCACUAUCAACGAGUUGUGAUUGCCGCAUCUACAGACAACAUUGUAACAGUGGACACGCAACUCAAAGAAUAUCACCUCCUGGAAAUGGAUUGACGUAACACCAUACUGCUAAGCGCAAGAACCUGGUAUGGCACUAGCAGUAUAGCUGGCGACACGGUUUCAAUCGAAAAGGAUAACUGUCGUCAUGUCCGGUGAUCCCAGAGAUGACGAGAAGCGCCUGAUCCAGGGCGACGACCAGAAGCAGGCGGCGGAAGAACGUCACCAGACGAGACGCAAGAGCAGCAGCGCCAGUAGCAGACGACACAGCAAAGGACGCAUCGCCCAGGAAACCGAGAAGCCACACGAGAAGCGAAAGCGCAGCUGCCCGGACUACUUCGGCGUCAAGUCGUACCUGCACAACUUCUACGACGCGUCGGUGUACAAAGACCCGCUCAUCUACGAGGAUGACGACGACCUCAGGUACCUGCUGCACGCGAACCCCAGGAGACGACGCUGUCCGCCUAUCUGGUGGAAGAUCUUCUUGUGGGUCGGCGUCAACUUGCUGCUGUUCGGAGUGAUCGGCAUUCUGGUCGGCUACCUGGUCCCGCCGAAACACGCCUUCGAGCAGGUGGACCAGGUGCACGCGUUCGUGGACAGGAGCGCCGAGGCGUUCAACACGACUCUCAACAUGUGCAAGCUGAUCGGGCUGAUCCUGUUCUGCGUGGGCGGCCUCACCCUGGCCAUGUCGCUGCUCUUCCCUAGCUUCCUGAGCCACUACUGCGAGGAGGACCCACGAGACGAGAGCAUCAAGGUGCCGCUGAGGAGCGACGAGAAACCGCCGCUGAGUCCUAUCGAGAUGACCAUCCCAGCCUCCAGCAAGGUGAGGAACGUCCAGCCGGCCAGGAAGCACCCCCAGGCCAUGAUGACCGAGCAGGGCACGGUGCCCGUAAGGACGCACUAGACGUAAAACUGGAGGCAAAUGCAGCUCAACAGUUUUUGUUUUUGCUAGGAACAUGGAGACAAAGGUGGAUGGUCUAUGUCCUCUGGAACACAGGUGGAUUGUCUAUGUCAUUUAGGACACGGAUGGAUUUAUAUGUCCUCUGAGACACAGGUGGAUUGUCUAUGUCCUCUGGGACACAGACAGAUUGUCUAUGUCGUCUGAGACACAGAUGGAAUGUCUAUGUCCUCUGGGACACCGAUGGAUUGUCUAUGUCCUCUGGGACACAGGUGGAUUGUCUAUGUUCUCUGGAACACAGGUGAGGUGGCUUGUCUAUGUCCUCUGGGACACAGGUGGAUUGUCUAUGUCAUAUGGGACACAGAUAGAAUGUCUAUGUCCUCUGGGACACAGAUGGAAAGUCUGUGUCCUUUCGAGAGCUCUAGCCUAUCACAGGUAAACGAGUACUUGUUUGUUGUGGACUAUUUUGUGCGUGCUAGUGCUAUAACUUAAUUUGUGUUUGUCGAUAUAUCAGAAGUCGGUGAGAUGUUUUGCCUCAUCCACAAGCCUUGGCAUGAAUAUUAAAAUAUAAAAUUUUACAAAUAACAUUUAGCUGUAAAGAAGAAACUUUCGAAUGUUUAAAGGCAGGGUCACACGAGAGGUGAAAUAAUAAAUAUCCUAAUCAAAUUAUUGCUUGGAAACAUACAACUAAUUUGUGUGGAAGUAGUUUAUUCAAGCAAUUCCACAGUCGCCAUAUCCCAUAAUUGGAUAUUGGUAUUGAUAUAAUUGAAUUAUGACUACGUAGACAUACAUCAGAAAAUAUAUACAUGUGUACUCGUAUUCGAUCAGUUUUAGCUAAGAUCAAGUUAUUUAAAAUGUUUGCGAAACGGUUUAUUGUAAUGAUUGUUAGCUGAAGUGAAACACGCGAAAAGAAUACAUUUAAAAGCACUUAAUCAAUGCGAAUCUGUCUUUAGUAAUGUCAUACGGCCCGUGCAACCAUGUGACCUGUGCGACCUUGUGACCUGUGCGACCUUGCCUUUAAACACUUUUGUUUUCCUAAAUGCUAAGUGUCGACGAAUGUGUGAAUGGAUGCUUUAUCAACAUAUCGUGUUAAGUUUUGAUGACUUAUCAGUGUCACCUAAUUAAACAAUAAUAUAACUCCCUAACAAAAUUGACAUUUCCCAUACAUAGUGCGAAAUGCUGGAAGUUUAAAUUUUAUUUUAAAAAAUAAUUUACUUUUUCUUUGCACAAGUCCAGCUGUACCAGACAAACACUGAUCGCAUAUUUUGAUUGGUUGUUUGGAACGAGAAACAAUUUCUACUGAGAGGGAUCGACCCUGCUAUCCUGCUCUACGUCAAUCUGAUAUAAAUCCAGCUACAAAUGCCAUUAACUUACGAGAUUUUUUAUCAAGUGGUAUGGGUAUCAAAACACAUCUAUAUUAGACCUUAAACUCGAAGGAACCCCAAGUAAGAUAUUUUAAAUGUUUAGCUUCAAAACUUGUUAUUAUUGUCACUUGGGGCCUUUUUGGGCCCUUAAAUGGAAUUACCAGAUGAAAAACAAAGAUAUUAUAUUUUGAACCCACCCUCGCUAAAAACUUCUUUUCGUAUUUUUCGUCAGUCGGUAUGAAUGUGUAACCAAAUAAAUGAUACAUUGUGGAUAACAAUCAGCAGUAUGUCAGAUAUAUAUAUCAUCAUAUUGGUGCUGUAAACUUGUUUUUCUUUUAUUUGUAGUAGACUAACAUCGUGUCUUUUUAUGAUCAACAGUAAUUGCUUCUUCCACUGUCCUCAUAACUAUAAUGUUCAAGUGUAGUACAGGACAUUACACACGUUUAUAGUAAAAUAUUCCUUUUCAAGGGGAUAGGACAGAACCUACUGUUUUAACCAGUGUUAACUGGUUUGGAAAUGAAAGAAAAUGCAGAAUUUGCAUUAUGAUUAAUACGUUAAGACAGUAUGUAUUAUAUAUAUAUAUAUAUAUAAUGCUUUGUAAAUUAUUUUCAAAAGCAACAACAAAAACAAAAACAAAUAAAAACAACAUAGCAGCUAUAUAAAAUGUAAAAAUGGUUGUGAAUUAAAAUAAUUGUUUCGCCUGUAUUGUGUAUAUUGUUAAACAGUAGGUUUAUUGUAUUUGUGACAUAUAUUUACCAAUUCAAAUGUCGGUGUUUUAAAACAAUUAAAUAUAAUUGUUAAAUGUCCUUGUUCCUCUUGCAACAAUGUACGGUACAUCUGCUGCUUGAAGCGUCCAUCUCUUGUGCUUACUCUGUUCAAGGGACUGUCAUGAGAGUGUGGUAUUGUAAAAUGUUUUUGACUAAUAACAUUUUGUUCGUGUUUAUAAAAACAAUAUAUAUUAGGAAAUACAAUGACGUUAGACCAAGAGCAAACACUACGACGACCAGAAACACUCUUCGUAUACAGCCACUAAUAUUUUAUUUAGAAAACUAUAUAUUUAAUAUAUAAUACUAGUGGUUAAACAGUCUCUGUUGGUCAGGAUAGUCCCUUUAAAUUGUUAAAAUGUUUGGUGAAGAAACAAAAUUUUAGGGAAAAGAACAAAAAUCCUCUACCCCCCCCCCCAACCCCCCCAAAAAUAUAUAUACAACAACCACUUCCCAACCCCCCCCCCAAACAAAACAGACAUCCCCCUACCAAACAACAAUAACAACAACAACAGCAGCAACAGCAGCAGCAACAACAACAUAAUGCCUCUGAUAAAAAAAAACCCAACCCAAGACCGAACUAUGUUGUAAGAGGAUCAAAUAAUGGUGAUUUAACGAGGUCUCGAUUACGCUAGACCUACGUCACAGUACCGGUAUUUAGCAAUUGUAAUCAUAAAAUAACAUUAAUAGAACAUUUAUCAAUUCACCGAGUUUUUUGCUCAAAGUCUGCAUAUAAAUAAUAAUAAUAAUAAUAAUAAUAAUAAUAAUAAGAAGAAGAAGAAGAAUAAGAAUAUAGUAAACAUAUAAUGGUAAAAAUAUUAAUAAAUCAAUGUUAUAUCGUUGUCCUGUGAUACUUUGUAAUUUAUGCUUCAAAUCUAUUGCAUUAUAUGGGGGUUUUAAAUUAUUAUCCUUGUUAAUAGUAUCCACUUUGGUUUUUUUUUUUAAAGUCUGUAUUCUUAUUAAUAACACUAGAAAAUGUGAAUAGUCGACAGAAACUAUGACACAGAUUGGUUCUGAAAAGGAUUAUUACUAAAUAGGUACUUCACUUUUAACAUAUUUACUAUUUCUUGUCUUUUGUGCUUUUGUUUUUCAACUGUUGUUACUUAUUGUUAGAUUGUUUUGCAGGCGGGGAUUUUGGGUUGAGGUUAGCUCGAGUACUCUGAGAGUAAGCGAGCUAGACGGACGUUUGGACAGUUAGAAAGCGUGAUGACUGUCCAAACGUCCGUCAAGCUCUGUUACCGUCAGAAUACUCAUGCUAUGUUGAAUUAAGCUCAUCCAAAACCAACAAGUAAUUUUAUAUUUUGUCAUUUUUUUUUUUUUUUUAGAUACCAUCCUCCCCCCACCCCUCGCCAAAAAAACCCUACAAAUUAAAAAUGAACCACAAUAAAUAAUAAAUUGUGCUUAUUUUUACCAUUUCGAUGGUGUUCCAAAGGGCGAAGAAAGAAACUAAAAUAGCUCAUAAUAGGCAACAUGGUGUUUAUCCCAUGGCUCAUUUAUUGCAUGGCAACACUACAUAAACCAAAGUAAAGUUAAAUCGUGGCUCAGCUGUUGAUCUUCAUCACACUGAUUCUCUUGUUAAAAAGACAGUCUCAAAUUUGUAUAAUGACCAAACAUAUUUAUUUAAUAUGUCCACACUAAAAAUUACAACCAAAAAAAAAAAAUCCAUUUUAAAAACAGUAUUUAUAAAUUGAUAUUAUUUGAAAAUCGAAUACGGGUAACCAACAAGUUGACGACUGAUGUCACAAUGUGAAUUUGAAAGAAUUGGCUGCCUUUUUCAUGGAUAGGCCUACGUUAUAAAGAUUUUCUAUGUAUUCUAUGUUUUUAGCCAUGAAUAUUUCAGGAAAUCAUUAUUUAAGCAGAGUUUAUUAUAAUUUUGAUAUUUAAAAGCUAAUUAUAAAAAAGGUAUUAUACGGGAUCUGUUAAUUUCUAGUUUUUGUAGAAAAAGCGAAAUAUGGCUCUUGCAACUGAGAAUGCGCCUUUAACACAAGGCAGUGUAUAAUUAAAAAAUACAAAUAAAUAAGACCUCCCCUAUUUUAAAUAUACAUAAUACUGUUUUACAAAUUGUAACAUAGAUAAAUAAUAAUUAUUAUUUUAGUGAAAUAUUGUUGAAUGUUUUUAUUAUUUGUUUUAGAUGACAUAUUUUCAGGACCAGGUUGUGUAUGGAAACUUAUUGUUGUUUGUGUUUAUUAGAUUUUCCUCAUUGUCAAAAAUAUCGCCCGAGAAAGAAUAAUACAAUGGACUCGCAGAUUGCGCUAUGGCAGUGGAGAUGGAGAAAAAGACAAUAAAGACUGAGCACUA